AUGGGGCAGGACGCCGCCGCGGCAAGUGCUGACACGCUCGCUGGUCUGGUCAAUCCCCCCCUGGCCCACCUCGCGUGCCCGGUCGAGUUUGGGAAGCGCGCUGCGGCGGUGGAGCCUGUCGUUGACAGCAGCCGCUACUUUGUGCUGCGGGUGGUGGACCCUGAGUCGGGGCGCCACGCGUUCCUGGGGCUGGGGUUUGACGACCGCGGGGACGCGUUCGACUUCACAGCGGCGCUCAGCGACCACGAGCGGCGCCUGCAGCGGGAGCGCGACACGGCCGCCGCCGCGGGCGCGGGGCGCGCGGGCGCGGCGUCGCCCGUCGGCGGCGCGGCGGCGGCGCUGUAUCAGGACCGAGGGGACCUCAGCCUGAGGCAGGGGCAGACCAUUAGGAUCGAGCUGAAGAAGAGCGGAAGCCGGCCCUCAUCUGGAGGCAGCGGCGGCGGCGCCAGCGGCGGCGGCGGCGGCGGCGGCUUCCUGCAGCGCGCGCCGUCGGUCCCGCUUGCGCCCCUCGCGCCGCCGCCGGUCGGCGCGCUCGGGCCGCCGCCAGUCCUGGCGCCGCCCCCACCGCCCGCGUCAUCUUCUGCUCCGGGAGACUCCGCAUUGCAGGGGCCGGCCGCGCGCGCUGCCGCACCCCCCAAGGCCCGCAGCGGCAACCCCUUUGAUUCGGAAGACGGGGAGGACGCGGGGCCGCUGGGCGGCGACGGGGCCGGCAGUGGCGGCGGCACGCUGAGGGUCAGCCGGGCGGGCGGCGGGGGCGCGGACGACGGCCAGGGUGCCGGCUCGCAGGAGGCGCCAGGGGGGCAGCGGCAAGAGGGAGAGGGCUGGGCAGCUUUCUGA